AUGUAUGGAGAUAACCGCUAUGCAUCGUCCUCAUCAGGACCUCCUCCGCCGCAUGCUCCUCCGCAGUACCACUACGACGGACACAACAGCCAACAGCCGUAUCCGGCGUACCCAUCGUACUCAUCGCAUCCCCCGCCGCCUCCUCCCCCUGCUCGACAAUGGGACGAGAGACCUCCCGCGCCUCCGGGAGGUAGUCGCGAUUUGUACCACCCGCAGGAGCGACGCGAUGAUCCCUCAUCCCGCGGCCCAUACUCAGGUCGGCGCCAGUCUUCCUCCAACGGCCCGCCUAGAGACUACCGUGACGAUGUUCAUCCGCCCCAGUCCGACUUUUCUUUCCGCGUAGAACGUCCUCCUGUUGUUGACUCAUGGCGACCAUUUGAUUCGUAUGAUAGCAAUUACCGCUCUGACAACUGGGACUCUGCCACUCAUCACGGAGACAGACAAGGUGAUCGCAGUGACUCGCACCGACCGCGUCGUCAGGAGAAUGGCCGACCGGCUGCUGGUGGACGCGACGGAUAUCGAGGUGGUCGGGCCACUCGAGGGCGCGGGGGUCCUAAUGCGCGAGGCAGAGAAAAGCCCCAUCACCGAUUGCUCUUGUCCAAGAAACAUGAUCAGGGUGAACUGAUGCUGGGAGAUAGAACUGGUCGAGUAACAUACCGAGAUGUCGAUGCGCUUUCCGAUAGUGACGAGGCAGCCAUGGAUAUCUCUGACAAUUCUGACUCAGGCAUCGCCGAGCCCGCAAACAAACGCGCGCGCACAACGGCCCCCGCCACAAACCCUGAGGACGAUAUCCCCAGAUGGUCCAAUCCAGACCCAUACACUGCACUUCCUCCUCCCGAUGAGUCUACGCGCAAGAAGAAGGAUAUGGUCCAUCUAAUCCGAAAAGCGCGCGUAGAAGCAGAAACAAAGCCCGCUGUGCAACCUGAGGCCGCUGAUUUCAUAUCUUGCGAUUUCAGUGAUGAUGACGACCGCAGCAAGCAAAUGAGCAGAACAACACAGCACUCCGGGAAUGACACUGGCAAAGGUGUGCCUAACGCGCCUACUGGACCACGCGCCGCCCCAUCCACACUCCCUCCCAAGCCUGUUUUCAAUCGCGAACGGGCUUCUUCGCUUCCAACCUCGGCACCAUCUGGGCCAGCGCAACUUCCCAAAUCCGCCAAACAGGCUGGCAAGAAAGCCGUCGUCGAUCUCACCCCAUCAGCAGCACUAGGCAACCGCAAGCGGACCUUCGACGAUCAAAUCAAACUGCCACACGCAUCCUUGAAAAAGGCCACCAAAAUGGCCUCAGGCGGUAACGUGGUCGCGAACUGGCAACCGGCAGCUGGGGAGGACCCUUUGCCCUGGGCCACCACCGAUCAUUCUGCGACGCGCAACAUGGGAACCAGACUGCACAAGGAGAUCAUGGACUUUUACGAUUUCGUCCGCCCUCGCGAGUUCGAAGAGCAUGUGCGCAAUGAAAUGCUCACCAAACUUGAGGCCCUCGUCCAGAGAAAGUGGCCCGAUGCCACCAUCUUUCCAUUUGGAUCCUUCAUGUCUGGUCUGUACCUUCCCACUGCGGACAUGGACAUUGCGAUCUGCUCGAAGGGUUAUAUCGACAAGGGAAUCCCGAAGUAUGACAGGACCAAGUCUCUGUAUAUCCUCAAGGCCCAUCUUACGAAUCACAAAGUAGCUUACCGAGACGAGAUCGAACUCAUCACCAAGGCGAAGGUGCCACUUGUCAAGUACACUGACGACGAGACUGCUUUGAAAGUCGACAUCUCAUUCGAGAAGACCGACGGAUACAAGGCCAUCCAGACCUUCCUCGACUGGAAGGCCAAGUACCCCGCGAUGCCCAUCUUAGUAUCUGUCAUCAAGCAUUUCUUGCUUAUGAGAGGCUUGAAUGAGCCCGUCAAUGGCGGCAUUGGAGGAUUCUCUGUCAUCUGUAUGGUCGUCAACCUGCUGCACCAGAACCCCCAGGUUCAGAGUAGAUCCAUGCUGCCCGAGCAUCAUCUCAAUGAGCUUCUGAUGGAGUUCUUUGACUUGUACGGCAAUCGUUUCAAAUUUGAGACGACGGCAAUCCGUAUGAAUCCGCCGGGAUUCGUCAGGAAGGGCGAGGCAGGUCCCAUGGUCUACCGCAAUUACGAUCGACUGUCCAUCAUCGACCCGAACAACCCCGGGAAUGAUAUUGCUGGUGGCUCAUCGAAUACCCCAGUCAUUCUGCGUCACUUUUCUAAUGCACACAAGAUGUUGCAGGAGAGAAUGUCCAAACUUGCCAAAGAGGACGGCCCGAUGGCCUCAGACCAGUGGAAAAGUACUAUUCUGGGCCCGCUGUUUGCAGGCAGAUACUCAAUCUUCCAGACUCAGCGAAACUACCUUGGAAAGCUAGCCAAACAGGGACUCCCCGAAUACGGUGCUCAAGAAGUGGAACAGGUUAACUGGUAG